GGAGGAUCCGGCGCCGAAGCUGCGGACGGUUUGCUGAGCCCGUUAGUGUCCCUGCGGAGACUCAACGCCGGCGUCAUGUCCCGGUACCUGCGCCCCCCCAACACGUCUCUCUUCGUGAGGAACGUGGCCGACGAUACCAGGUCUGAAGAUUUACGUCGGGAAUUUGGUCGUUAUGGUCCUAUAGUUGAUGUGUAUGUUCCACUUGAUUUCUACACUCGCCGUCCAAGAGGAUUUGCAUAUGUUCAAUUUGAGGAUGUUCGUGAUGCUGAAGAUGCUUUACAUAAUUUGGACAGAAAGUGGAUUUGUGGACGCCAAAUUGAAAUACAGUUUGCACAGGGGGAUCGAAAGACUCCAAAUCAGAUGAAAGCCAAGGAAGGGAGGAAUGUGUAUAGUUCUUCACGCUAUGAUGAUUAUGACAGAUACAGACGUUCUAGAAGCCGAAGUUAUGACAGAAGAAGAUCAAGAAGUCGGUCCUUUGAUUACAACUAUAGAAGAUCUAAUAGUCCUAGAAAUAGACCGACUGGAAGACCACGGCGUAGCAGAAGCCAUUCCGACAAUGAUAGAUUCAAACACCGAAAUCGAUCUUUUUCAAGAUCUAAAUCCAAUUCAAGAACACGGUCCAAGUCCCAGCCCAAGAAAGAAAUGAAGGCUAAAUCACGUUCUAGGUCUGCAUCUCACACCAAAACUAGAGGCACCUCUAAAACAGAUUCCAAAACACAUUAUAAGUCUGGCUCAAGAUAUGAAAAGGAAUCAAGGAAAAAAGAACCACCUAGAUCCAAAUCUCAGUCAAGAUCACAGUCUAGGUCUAGGUCAAAAUCUAGGUCAAGGUCUUGGACUAGUCCUAAGUCCAGUGGCCACUGAUAGUAUAAACCAUGAUAUUUUUAGGCAUGUAUCAUUCAUUUACUCAUAGUUUGGUUUACUUAAAUUAUCAGGAAUACAAUGUUGCAAUGAUGCUUAAAAAACACUUGUCAGUUUUCCCUGUACCAGGCAAUGGUUAUAAUUAAAAUGAUAUGCUGUUGAGAAGCCACUCUUAAGAGUCCAGUUUGUUUAAUGUUAUGGGCAGCUACCAAUUCGUGGUGUCUCUGUAUAUUUUUGUAAAGAUUCUCAUUUUUUAUGCUUGAAGUAUUGGUGAAAAGAUGUUGGUUGACCAUAAUUUGCAACAUUGUCUUAUUAAAAAUAAACUUUCAUAUCCAUAUUUGGUAGAACUGUUAACCUA